CAGCUGGAGGUCUUUUGUUAUCACCGCCAGCCGCGACACGAAUUUGUGCUGAAUAUGAAGUCCGUCACUUAACAGGGAGCUUUCUUUUUCAAGUCACCGCAGCUGCCGGAAAGACUGAGUAGGAGGCGCUGCCCACAGAAGAGGGGGACAGGCUGACAGGACUUCAGGAUGACCGAGGGUCCGAGGAAGCGGAGCAGCAGCGGCGGGGGCAGUCAGUCGGAGGCCCCACGCUCUCAGUCGGAUGUGGGGAAAGAUGCGGGAGGAUCCGGGGUGGCUCUGAAAAAACAGAUCGGCCUAGUCAGCGCCUGUGCUAUUAUAAUAGGCAACAUCAUUGGAUCGGGGAUUUUUGUAAGUCCUAAGGGGGUCCUGGAGAAUGCUAGCUCAGUGGGCGUGGCCAUCAUUGUAUGGGUUACCACUGGAGUUAUCACAGCCAUUGGUGCUCUCUGCUAUGCAGAGUUGGGUGUGACCAUCCCGAAGUCAGGGGGAGACUACUCCUAUGUCAAGGACAUCUUUGGAGGACUGGCAGGGUUUCUGCGUCUGUGGAUUGCAGUGUUGGUUAUCUACCCCACUAACCAGGCUGUGAUUGCUCUAACCUUCUCUAACUACGUCCUGCAGCCCCUCUUCCCUUCCUGCCUCCCCCCAGAGAGUGGCUUACGCCUGCUGGCUGCUGUCUGCCUGCUGUUGUUGACAUGGGUGAACUGCUACAGUGUGCGCUGGGCUACAUGUGUCCAGGAUGUCUUCACGGCUGGCAAACUUUUGGCCUUGGGUCUCAUCAUAAUCAUGGGUGUCGUCCAAAUAUGCAAAGGUCACUAUUACUGGUUGGAGCCAACACACGCCUUUGAGACCUUCCGAAACUACAAUGUCGGUCUGAUAGCUCUGUCCUUCUUACAAGGCUCCUUUGCUUAUGGAGGCUGGAACUUCCUCAACUAUGUCACUGAGGAGUUGGUUAACCCAUACAGGAAUCUACCACGUGCAAUAUUCAUCUCUAUCCCCGUGGUCACCUUUGUUUAUGUGUUUGCCAACGUGGCCUACGUCACAGCCAUGAGCCCACAAGAGCUGCUGGCCUCCAACGCUGUGGCAGUGACAUUUGGAGAGAAAUUGCUAGGAGUAAUGUCAUGGAUCAUGCCCAUCUCGGUGGCACUCUCCACUUUCGGGGGGGUCAAUGGCUCCCUCUUCACGUCGUCUCGGCUGUUUUUCGCCGGAGCGAGGGAAGGCCAUCUCCCACGUCUGCUGGCCAUGAUUCAUGUCACACGCUGCACUCCUAUACCAGCCUUACUGUUCACCUUGAUCUCCACUCUGCUGAUGUUGUGCACCAGUGACAUUUACACCCUCAUAAACUAUGUGGGUUUCAUCAACUACCUCUUCUAUGGCGUCACUGUUGCUGGGCAGAUUGUGCUGCGCAUCAAAGAGCCUGACAUGUAUCGACCCAUCAAGGUGAGCCUUGUAUGGCCGGUGAUAUACCUCCUGUUCUGGGCCUUCCUGCUGAUCUUUUCCCUCUACUCUGAGCCCGUCGUCUGUGGUAUUGGUCUGGCCAUUAUGAUGACUGGUGUCCCUGUAUAUUUCAUAGGAGUCUACUGGGAAAACAAGCCACAGUGUUGUGAUAUGGCUAUUGGUAAAAUGACUCAUGUGUGCCAAAAGCUCUGUUCAGUCGUCUAUCCAGUCCUGGAGGAGAACCUAGAGCCUCAUGAGCCUCAGACAAAAGAUGGAGAUGACGAGGACGAAAGCAGCCCGUGUGCAUAAACAAAUGACAAUUCCUCACACUUUUUUUGGGGGGGGGAAGCUGCUUGGGAAAGACUCUCAGAAAGAUUAGCAUAUUCACUUGUUCUACAGCACUGUGUCACCAUUGUUUCAGCGUUAGGUCUGGGAACACGUGUUUGAGAUGAAAUAUCACUUUGAAUUUAUGAAAUACUGAAAUUAUGAAAUGCAGUGUUUUUUGCACAUUGGAAUUUAAAGCCUUGUCCGUCUGUCUGUUGUUUGUGUCUUGUUUGAGUGGGAGCCCAUGGGAGAAUAUUUUAAUAUACAAGCUUUAUUGUUCAAGCUCUGUGUGUUUGUAUUGUAACCUCACUGUAUUACCACUAAAAUGACAUUUUCCAGAUGG